AUGGUACACGAAUCUUUGAGAUUAUAUGCGGCAAAUGACUCGUACACGCUUGUUCCAUAUUACCUUGAUCCAACUAUACCAGCUCAGACUUUAGUUAUUAAUAGAGAGAAUGGAUUUUUUGAACUGGGUGGUGCUUCACCCGAACCAACGUUACCACCAUAUCACUCCGAACCUUUAACAAUUUAUGGCGUUUUUGGCGUUAUUAAAUUACUAUCUGAGCGUAUUGGAAGAUUGGGUCGACAUGAUAUCUUUCAGGCAGAUCAAUUUCGAAUUCUUCCAUUCGCUAAAAAUAUUCUUCACCUUUCUAAGCAACAGGCGAAAAGUUUACUUACGUCUGGAACUUAUUAUUUUUCGUAUACCUAUGAUUUAACACACACUUUGCAAAGACAAGCGCAAUUGGGUGAUUCUUCUAAACCUUUAUGGCAAAGAGCAGAUGAUAGAUUUUUUUGGAAUCGUUAUGUACAAUCGAAAUUAAUUGAUAUUACUAUCAAUAACCCUGAUCAAGAUUUGAGUGAUUUCAUUCUUCCGGUAGUUUUUGGAUUCACUUCCAUUAGUUUAACAAAAAUAAACAACAGAGAUAUCACGUUUUGUCUGAUCUCUCGUCGGAGCAGAUAUCGUGUUGAAGGAAAUGUUUCCAAUUUUAACGAAACAGAACAAAUAAUUUUAUUGGAUCCUCCUAAGGAUAGUCAUCAUAUAAAUACUUCAUUUGAAGGAAAAAUCAAGUUAUCCUACGUACAGACACGUGGAUCGAUUCCAGUUUAUUGGUCUCAAAUUAAUGAUAUAAAAUAUACACCAAAAAUACAAUUAAUGGACUAUCCCAAUUUGAAUGCGACUGUACGUAGACAUUUUGAUGAACAAAUUAAAUCAUAUGGUAAACAAAUUUUGGUAAAUCUUAUUAAUAAGAAAGGAUUCGAAUAUCCUGUUGGAGCUGCUUAUGAAAAAAUUGUUAAGCAAUUGAACGAUCCUAGAAUUGUUUAUUUUCAUUUUGAUUUUCAUCAUGAAUGUCGCAAAAUGCGUUGGGAUCGAAUACAAAUAUUGCUUGAUUUAAUUGAAGAAGAAUUGAUACAACAAGGGUUUCAGGAAUCUGUAGUUCGUACGAAUUGUAUGGAUUGUCUUGACCGUACCAAUGUUGUUCAAUCAACUUUAGCUAAAUGGAUGUUGACUCAACAAUUACGUGAAGUUGGUGUGUUGAGCAACAAAGAAAAGAUUGAUGAAAUUACCAGUUUUAUGGAUUUGUUCAGAAAUGUUUGGGCUGAUAAUGCUGAUGCAGUUAGUUUACCAUAUGCUGGAACUGGCGCGCAGAAAACUGACUUCACUAGAACGAAACAAGGAGCCAUUAGUGAUAUACAUAAUAGUAUUACUCGUUAUGUAUUAAAUAAUUUUAAGGAUGGUUUACGACAGGUUUGCGUUUAUGAGGUCAAACCAAAUAUUUCACCAUUUAUAGAAACCAAAUUACAUCACAUUAAAUUUGUUCCUCAAAUAUUAUUGGGCUGUAUAGCAUUAUUGAUAUUUCUUAAUUUGAUACCCAAAUAUGAUGAUUAUGCUCAUUUAAUACGUUUUAUUAUGAUAAUUAAUGUCUUUGCUAUUAUUUUUCUCGUUCGAUUUAUUUUUGAGAAUGGUUCCGAGUUUGUUAAUUGGCCACGUCUUGUUCCUCGAGAUUACAGAUAUUAUCGUGGACCCGGAGCAGCGUCUCACAAAGUUCCAAGAUACACUGACUCGGAAUAUGGUGAAAAGAUUGAAUUACAAAAGAUAGAAUAG